AUGGGAAACAAUGCAUCAUUAUUAUUAAGAGAAGAAGAAAUAGCACAAAUACAAGAAGAAACUGGAUUUACUCCAAAACAAAUUGAAAGGCUCUACAGUAGAUUUACAAGCCUUGACAGAGGUGAGAGUGGAACUCUUAGCAGAGAAGAUUUUUUAAGAAUCCCUGAACUUGCGAUUAAUCCAUUAGGCGAUAGAAUUGUUCAUGCUUUUUUCGAACAAGGAUGCAGCGACAGAGUCAAUUUUUUACAAUUUAUGCAAGUUUUAGCUCAUUUCAGACCUAUUAAAAAAAAUAAAGAUAAUAAAUUAAAUUCAAGAGAACAAAAGUUAAGAUGUAAGUACAUCAUUUUUGCCUUUAAAAUGUACGAUCUUGAUAAUGAUGAUAAAAUAUCGAGAGAUGAACUAUUAGCAAUAUUACACAUGAUGGUCGGGGCUAACAUAAGCGAAGAACAGUUAAGUAGCAUAGCAGAACGUACAAUAUUAGAAGCUGAUAAAAAUUGCGAUCAAAUGAUCUCAUUCGAAGAAUUUUGUCGAGCACUAGAAAGAACUGAUGUCGAACAAAAAAUGUCUAUUCGAUUUUUGAAUUGA